GCAUGGUCCAUUCUCUCAUUUGUUUGAGGACAAGUUCAUGCCUAGAGCCAAUAAUGUCCAGUGGAAGCAUGAGGAUGCCUCAGUUCAGAUGCUUCGGCAUAUUGUGAACAACAGCGGACUGGGAGAGGAGAUGACAAGAAAUCACAUGAAUCCAGAAGAAGACCUUCCCUUUAUCGAGGAACUAAUCAAGGGGGUGCAGGCUUCAGAUAGUCAGCAUGAAGAGAGAGCCAGAAACAAACCUUUCCUGUAUGAGAUUGUGGUAAAUCAAUUGAACGGUGUUGAUGUCCGCAAAUGGGACUAUCUUGCACGAGACUGUCAUAAGCUUGGCAUCCCAAACAACUUUGACUAUGAACGCCUGCUUGAGUUUGUACGAGUGUGUGAAGUGAACAGGGGUGAAGAGGACAGCGAACGACACAUCUGCUUCAGAGACAAGGUGGCAGAUAAUGUUUAUGACAUGUUUCACACCCGAUACACACUGCAUCGUAAGGCCUACAAGCACAAGAUAUGCUAUAUCAUUGAAGAAAAGAUUGCAGAGGCCUUGUGGGCUGCUAGAGAGUUUCCAGACUUACGUGCAAAUGUGGAAAACUUAGACAUGGAACACUACAGCAAACUCACAGAUCACAUCUUUAACAAAAUCCUGCAUUCUCCUGAACCUGCCUUGAAUGAGGCUCGAGGCAUCCUAGAGGACAUCGUCCACAGACGUCUACCAAAGUUUGUGGGAGAGGCCCGACUGAAGGAAGAGGCUUAAUGGAAUCAGAAUCAUGUGACGGACAGCUGGAGAGACAUGUGCAGAGACAACAACCUGAAUGCACAGCACUUCCAAAUUUAUGUUCUUGACAUGGGUUUUGGUAUAGUAGGAGGAAACCUCCUUGACAAUGUCUAUUUCUACAACAAGAAGGACCCGAACACAGCCUUCAGGAUUCAGUCGUAUCAGGUGUCCAGUCUGAAGCCAGUGCAGUUUCAUGAGAGGCUUGUGAGAGUUUACUGUACAAACAUGGAUCAGAGGGUUCAGAGGAAAGCUGAGCAACACUUUCAUGAAUGGUGCACAAACAAUAGAGGCACCUUCAUUCAUUUCGGGCCUGUUUUAGAUGAUGACUCUGGAGAAGGAGCAUAUUGAACCACCAAGACAUGCUGAAAACAGAACAUAAGAGUCACCAAACGACUAUUUUAUCUGCUCUUAAAAGCAUAUAGAUCAUGUAAGUCUACACAAAAUAUCUAGGACAUAUAUAUGUAGCUAGAGGGUAAUUACUAUAUAUCUAAAUUACAGUUCAGUUUUGGCUUUUGGCUUUUGUGCUGUGGUGCUUGUUGUGGUUUUGCAUGGAACCCAUCAAAUGGAUUCAGACUUCUUGCUAUUUAUUUGAUUUACAUAACAUUAAGACAUGAUUAAAGUAAAGUUAAAUUGUGAAGUAGCAGCUUUUUUUUUUGUUUUGUUCUUGGGGUUUUAAAAUGGAUUUUAUCAU